AUGGCUACCCCCUGGAUGAGGGCCGCGUUGGCCUCAUCAUCUGUCCUGCUUCGAGCCAGCAGGCCUGGACGAGUGCUCUCCAAGCGUGCCGCGCUGUCGUCUCUCAGGCUCGCUUCGACAGCCGCGACUCAGUCGCUGUUGACGCCAUCACGAACUGAAGUCGAUAGUGAAGAGACCGACGAAGAUGGCGCGUCUGCCGUCGGCAACCACCAACCAAAAUUCGCAACGUUGGCUGGCAAGGUCUCAGCACAGACCCUCAGGGCUAUCUCUGGCAUCUUCAAAAUCGACACGAUGAGUGUUGUUCAAACUGUCGUCCUCCCUCUCCUCCCCAACCUCGCCGAACCGUACAACCCACAGAACAAGGAGGCUCGAGAUUUACUCGUGAAAGCGAGGACUGGUACUGGCAAAACUUUGGCUUUCCUCAUUCCGGCAGUAGAAGCUCGCAUGAAAGCUCUCGAUGCUGCCGGCAAACAGGCUGUUAUCGACGCUGGGCUCAAGAAUGACCACCACAUCGAGAUGCGUGCUCAGCGCGCACUCUCUCGGGAAACAGCCGGUACACUUAUCAUCUCUCCGACACGUGAAUUGGCGACCCAGAUCGCCAAUGAGGCUCUCCGGUUAACUACUCGUCAUGAAGGUUUCGAAGUCAGGCUCUUCGUCGGUGGUACCAGUAAGCGCAUGCAAAUGCGUGACUGGAUGCGCGGUCGUCGAGAUAUCGUUGUUGCGACUCCUGGCCGUAUGCGAGAUCUCCUCGAGAACGAACCUGAGGUUGCGAAGGGUAUGAAGGACUGCAAGAUGCUCAUCUUGGACGAAGCCGAUACUCUCCUUGAGAUGGGUUUCCGUGAGGAUAUUCAGGCCAUCACGUCCUAUAUUGCGAAAACCCCCGAACGUCAGACUUUCCUCUUCUCCGCUACUGUUUCCCGUGAGAUUCAGCAGAUUGCACGGGCCACACUGGACAGGAACCACCGCUUCAUUGACUGUGUUCCUGUUGACUCGUCCCCCGUCCACGCGCACGUGCCUCAGUAUCACACCGUUCUCCCUACGGCCGCCCACCAGAUCCCGCACAUACUGCGCCUGCUUGCUCACGAUCAGCUCCUUCACCCCGGCAAAUCGAAAACUAUCAUUUUCCUGCCGACCACCAAGUUGACGCAGCUGUUCUCAACCUUCAUUCGUGAGCUUUCCAGCAUGUGCUUGCCCGCCGGCAGGAACACCAGAAUUUAUGAGAUCCACUCCAAGCGUACCAUGGAGUCUCGCUCAAAGACCUCUCAGCAGUUCCGCAUGGACAAGGGCAACUCCGUUCUUAUCUCUUCGGAUGUCUCCGCUCGUGGAGUUGACUACCCUGGUGUCACGCGCGUGAUCCAGGUCGGCAUACCCAGCAGCACCGAUCAGUACGUCCACCGUGUCGGCCGUACUGGUCGUGGCAGAGACAAAGUCGGCCGCGCGGACCUGGUUCUCCUCCCCUGGGAGAUCGGCUUCGUGACAUGGCAGCUCACCGACAUCCCGCUGCGACCUGUGACCGUCACCGAGCUCACAUCGCAGGUCAAGCAGCUGUGCGAAGAGCAAAACCCGGACGCUGCGGUCGUCAUUGACGACAUGGACGCCGAGGUCAAGCGCCUGAUGGCGAAACUCGACCCGGAGGCGAUCAAGGAGACACUCGCGUCGGUGCUCGGGUACUACGUCGGCAAGAGCGGCGAGCUCCGCGUGCAGAAGACCGUCAUCGUCGAGGGCCUCAAGCAGUGGACCGUCGAGGCCUGCGGACUGUCCUCGCCGCCGUACAUCUCGGACAGCUUCCUCGAGAAGCUCGGCAUGUCGGACGGCCGCACCAAGAACUUUGGCACCAACCGACGCUUCUCGUACUCCUCCGACGGCCCGGCGUGGCAGAUGCGUGGCAACGUCGAGAAGAACCGCCACCGGAUGGGGACGGAACGUCGCGAGUCUGAACGCGAGCGUCGCGGCGGCGGCAGCUAUGGCGGCAGCAGCUAUGGCGAUCGCCCUCGCUAUGACCGUGACGAUCGCCCCCGCCGCUCGUAUGGGUUCGACAGCCGACCGUCGGGUCGUCCAGAGUCGUUCUAG